AUGUCACUUGACAGCCCCACAGGGCCUGGUGCAUCUGUGGAUGCAGAAGCCCCAUCUAAGGAGGCCAUCGACGCUCUUCAGCUGGAGGUGGCUCGGCUGCGGGAGGAGAAGCGCUUGGCUGGGGAAAUAUUCUCCGAGACAAUUUGCAGUUAUGAGGAGGAGGUGCGCCAGCUCAAAGAAGCUCUUGCUGCGGUGCAGCAGCAGCAGCAGAAAGGGUUGCCUGCUGGAGCAGCAGCGGCAGCAGCGACAGCAACGGCAGCAGCACAGACACGUGGAUUCUGUGGGCGUCUACUGCAGCAAAAGACUGCGACAGAAUUAGCAUCUGAGACACUAGUAGCAGCGGAUAGCUCAGCUGCUGCUGCUGCAGCAUCGAUAGCAGCGGAAUCAGCAGGAGCUGCAGCUCCUGCGGAGCGCCUCGCAUGCCUCCAGAAGCAACAGCAGCAGGAGGCACAGGGCCCCCAAGGUAAAGAUAUUGCAUCCUUAUGCAGCAAGGGAGGCUCCUUAGGGUAUUCCACAGUAACUUCCCUGGGGGGAUCCCUGGGGGGGUCCCUGGGGGGGCCCCUAAACAAAUCCAACUUUAUUCGUCUUGGGUCUUUACCUGAUAGCCACGGCGUCUGUGGGGCCCACCGGGGGGUCCCUGGCUUUUUCUCAAGGAAACAGACAUCAGAGACACUCGACGGGGUACAAGAGAUGUUGUUUCUGCUGAUGCAAUUCGCGAGUGCUGCUGCUCCUGUUGUUCCUCUUGUUGCUUUGUUUGAGGAACGCUUUGGCAGCGGCAAGGCCCUCUUCCCUGGAGCGGAUUCACAUCAGUCUUCAGGUGUAUCUUAUUGGCGCUACGGCAGGGCUCGUCGGCCCUGCAGUCCCCCUCAGGGGGGCCCCCCCCAUGGGGCGCCUCUGUCAGCAGUCUGGGUGGAUAGACUGCUGCCUGAGUGGGACCGACAGAAGGAAACUGCGGUUUUUGAAGAAAUGCUGAGGAAGGGAGUUCCUCAUGAUGUUCGAGGAGAAGUAUGGAAGCGGGCUGUAGGAGAUCAGCUGCGUAUGAGUCCUCAGUACUACGAGUUGCUGCGGGCAAGGAUGGGACUGGCGCGGCGGCAGCUGCUGCGGACAAACGCAAAAUAUAGAGAGAGAAUCGAGUGCUUCAGGGGCCCUAUGGAGGAGGUAGAAGCAGCAGCAGCAGUGGCAGCAGCAGCAGCAGACCCAGCCGUAACGCAGGGGGACCCCCCAUCCGCAACAGCAGAGCCGGUGAAGGGGCGGUUUGUUGUAUGCAGCUUGUGUGGGGCCACCACAGAGCUCAGAGACGCUGCCACGGCCGACAACAGCAACAACAACAACAACAGCAGAAGCAGUGAUUCCUUUGUGUGGGAGGAGGAGAUCUUUAGUUCCUUCUUGGCGAUAUCUGCGGAUCUGCACCGCACCCUCCCUCGUCUUGGGGUCUUCAGCUCGAGAGGGUCAACAGAAGAUAAAUCCAAGACAAACACGGAGGUUUCAGUGGCAGCAACAGCAGAAGCAGCAAUAGCAGCAGGAGCAGCGGCACCGGCUGUCGAUGGCUCCUCAGGCACGUUGGAGACGCCUGUGCGACCUCAGACUGGCGACAGUGAAGCAGCAGCUGCUGCUGCAGAAGUCCCCGCUGGCGCUGAUAACAGCAGCAAUAACGGCAGCAAUAGGAGCAUGGACAAAGCAUGUGCUGAGUCAAAUUCAACUUGUGUCUCUCCUCGUCAGGAGUCUGUGUCGGGGGGCCCCCUCCCUUCCCCAAGUGGCGAAACCUCUUCUUUGUGUUCAAACCCAACGAGGGGCCCCCGAGAUCCUCCUCUCCCUCCAUCUUCUAUUGGAGAGGGACCUCCAUCGCGGGAAGGGGGCCCUGAGCCGCGUGCAAAAGGGGAUCCAUCUGGUGGGCCCCCCGUUGGCGACGGUGCCCUGGAGACAUCCGCAGGAGGGGAUUCAUCCAGGGGCUCCUCUGGGGGUUCAUCUGGGGUCCCCUCAGGGUUGCGGCAGGCGGAUUCUCAGGCAGUAGCUCCUGUGCCCUUUGGGGUGUCUGGGGGGGAGAGGAUGGAGGCGUUUCUUCAGAGUCUGCUUGAGGUGUAUGUGAUGCUAAGGCCUGACUUGGGGUAUGUGCAAGGAAUGGCAUUUAUUGCAGCAACUCUGCUGCUGUAUAUGGACGAAUACUCCGCCUUUGUCUGCUUCGCGAACCUCAUGCUGCGGCGUUCCUUGCAUGCAUUCUACACCUUCGACAUGGGGCUGGUUGAGGUGCACUUUAGGUUGUUCGAUUUGCUGCUAGAAGAAAGAGACCCCCAGUUGCUGCAGCACUUUGAUGACUUGGGUAUUGAAACAAACAUCUUUCUUGUCGACUGGAUGUACACCCUGUUUACUCGCUGUCUGCCGUUCGAGUUAUUGGGUCGGGUGUGGGACCUCUUCGUAAUUAAGGGCGACGCCGUGUUGUUUCAGGCUUCGCUAGCACUUGUUUUGUACUUUAGAGAGGAAUUACUGCAAGGCUCUUUCGAUGACUGUAUGGCAAUCCUUUCCCCCUCUACCACCACCCGCUUCCAGGCCAUCCAUUCGGACAGAUUCUUAGAUCUCUUGUUCAGUGUCAAAUUGACGCAAGAGCGACUCGAUAUUCUUUUGAUGCAUCUUCAAAAAACCCUAAAUGGAAGGCGCAAGAAGGACAGGGGUGCCCCCGAGGGGCCCCGCAGCCGGUUGCUACUUCGGCACCUAAACAGCGAAGUCCCCGUCUCGCGUUCAACAGCAGCAGCAGCAGCGCAGGCUGCAACAGAAGCUGCAGAAGAAGCCGCUGCUGCUGCUGCUGGUGCAGCACCAAAGUGGAACAGACAGGAACAAACAGGCGGGGGCCCCGCUUGCCCCAAAGAAGGCACAGUUGGGGGGGGCCCUCGCUUGAGGAGGAGGUCCCUCACCUGGGCUGUAGUGGGCCCCCCCCCUCAAACCUAA